AUGAAUUUUCCUAUACUAUCUAAAUAUGAAGUUCAGCACAAGAUAGGAGACGGAGGAUUUGCAGAAGUUUAUUAUGCCAUACAUAAAGCUUCUGGACUUCCAGUUGCAAUAAAAAAGAUUCCUAAAAUUGUUGACGAUAAUGAUUCCCACUUGGCUUUAGUUAGAAGAGAAAUUGAUAUAAUGAAACAUAUCCCACAUCCCUUCAUAGCUGAUUUCUAUGAAGUUCUUGAAAACAAUGAUUUUAUUUUCAUUGUUAUGGAGUACAUCAGUAAUGGUACCCUUCGUAACACAUUGAAUGAAAUGGGACCAUUUACAGAAGAAAAUGCAGCUAUCAUUUUUGCUCAAAUUGUUUUAGUUCUUAAAUUUCUUCACCAAAAAUGUAAUGUCGUGCAUAGAGAUUUAAAGAGCGAUAACAUCCUAUUCGAUAAGAACGGUAACAUCCGUGUAAUCGAUUUUGGCCUAAGUAAUACAAAGGCAACAGACGAAAUCUUGAAAACACAAUGCGGUACACCUUCAUACGCUUCUCCAGAGAUGAUUUUAGGAGAAAAGUAUGAUUACAGCAGCGACAUAUGGAGCGCUGGAAUAGUCUUAUACGAAAUAGUCACUGGAAAUCUGCCAUUUGAUGAUCCAAAUAUGGCAAGGCUUGCUCAAAAGAUAAUCUUCAAAGAAGUAGAAUUUCCAAGUGGUAUGAGUUCACAACUCAUCGAUCUUAUUCAAAAACUUCUUACCAAAGACCAGACAAAGAGAAUUAAAUUGUCAGAAAUAGAAGAACAUCCAUGGGUAAAGAACCAAAUUAGAUUUGUCGAAGAGAAACUUGACGCAUUCAAAUACGAUAAAGAAAAGAUUGCCGAGAGCCUCGGCGUCUUAGGAGUUGAUUAUUCCAAGAUCGUAGAAGAAAUUAAACAAAAAGGUAUCAAGAAAUGUUCAUCAUUAGAGUAUAAUCUUGUUAGAAGAAAUUACUUAAUAGAACAUUUAGAAUCCUUUGGAACAAAGAAAGAUAGAAGAAAAUCAGUUAAUGAAUGCGUUCCAGUUAAAAUACAGAUUCCAAACUUAGUAUUGAAGAAACAUCCCGUGAAUCUCAGAAGAUUAACUUCAAGACAACAAGUUAAUGCUUCUGUGAUUUUAUCUAUUGGUAGGAAAGCCCCACCAAAAAAGAUUCAGUUAGAUCUUUGA